AUGGUUGACGACGACGCAAGUAGCGGACCAAUCCCAACCCGUCCCGUUUGCCCUCCGUCACCUACUUCGACCAAUUCGGCUAUCACCGUGGGCACAUCCCAGGACGCGGUUCGCAUCAAAAAUCUGGAGCAAGGCGAAUAUAUUCCCGAUGGUGACACCUGGGACGAGACGCGUAGUCUCACGGAAAGCAUUCGUCAACACAUUAUCGACGGAGGCCUACGGUACCAUGCCUAUCACGCCGGGCAAUACAACUUCCCCAACGACGAGACAGAACAGUACCGCGACGACCUCAAGCACAACCUGACCAUUCAUCUCUGCGAGGGCACCUACUUUUACGCUCCUAUUCAUGAGCGGCUACAGAAACCAGGUGCUGAAGUUCUCGAUUUAGGUACCGGGACAGGGAAAUGGGUUAUCGAAUUGGCUGACAUGUAUCCAAACGCGACAUUUCAUGGCAUGGAUCUUUCACCCAUUCAGCCCGAUUGGGUACCAGAAAACGUGCUCUUUGUUGUCGAUGACAUCGAACAUGACGCUGGAUGGACGUAUCCUGAAAACUCCUUUGAUUAUAUUCAUAUUCGCCACGCCGUCCACGCCAUAAAAGACCGAACCGAGCUGUGGGAUCGGGUUUACAAGCACCUAAAACCCGGUGGUUAUGUCGAGGUUCAAGAGUUCCAGUAUGCUGCUCACUGUGACGACGAUUCGUGCAACGAGCCAUAUGCUUGGCGUGACUUUUUACGAUACAUGAACGAUGGUCUUGCCGUCCUCGGCUCAAACCUCCAUGGCAUCCUAAAUGUUCAGGACGAGCUUGCCGCUGCUGGUUUCCAAGAUCUUCAUCGAUUAGAUCUAAAGUGUCCCAACGGCCCAUGGGCAAAGUCAAGGCGUCUCCAAGAAUGCGGCCACAUCCUCCGAGAUGUCAUCCUGUGGGGCCUCGUCGGACUAGCCAGACGGCCGCUUCAUCACGGGCUUGGAUGGACACCCAUCCAGAUCGAGAUGUUCCUCGUCGAAGUCCGCAAGUCCGUCAUUGCAGAGCGUAAUGGCCUACCAAAGUUCCAUUCCUAUUUUCCCUUUCAUAACAUAUACGGCCAAAAGCCCCUGGAUGCUGCUUGA